AUGAAAGCUAUCUUUGCCUUGUGUGUUAUGUUACUUGCCUUGUCAGUUGCUGCUGCCCAUCACCAUAAUGAAAUUGGUAUUAGCCAUAGAUUGAUUGGAACCUGGACUGAUUCUCAAACUGGUGAAUGUUUCUCUCAAUAUGAUGUUACCAUCACCAAUGGUUGCCAUGGAUCACGUGUGUGCUCGGUCUGCAUUGGUACUGAUGCCACCUGUCGUCUCCGUGAUAACAACUCUAUCUGGAAUGUUGUCCGUCUUUCCAAUGGUGACAUUACUCUCCCAGCCAACCAAACCAUCAACCUCAACUCUUCAUACACUUUUGGUUACAUUGUCCAUGGUACUGCCGUCCCAACACUCUGUGUUAAAUCUGUCUCUUUCUGUUAA